GAUAGAUAAGCCGAGAAUGUAUUUAAAAUCAUGAAUUUGAUCCUUGGAGCGUUGAAAUUUAAAGGGCAUUUUAAUUCCCCUGGAGGACAAAUUAAGAGAGGCCAAUUUGCCGACAAUUGUGGUGAUAAUAGUGCUGGUGUUAUCUUAAAUCGUCGAAAACACCGAAUGGUUGCAAUUUCUUUUUAAUAACUACAUUCUGGGGUGACGCGAGACUUGAGAUCGCGAGCGAUGACGGAGAGAAGAGCACUGACAGUGGAAUAAUACAAGAUACUCACCGUCUCAGAAUGAAUUUCGCGUUUGUGGUGGCCUCGUUGCUUUUAAAUACAUCUAUUUUGACAGGUGAGUUACCGUAGCUUUGGUGAAUUGAAGAGCUUUAUGAGGUUCUAAAACGUUGCAGACUUUGGUGGGCUAGUUUGCGGUCGCUAUAUGAGCCAUUAUCGGUGUCUCCAGGAAAACGAGCCGAGUUGGAAUCAAUGAUCCACUUUAUUAAGACUUUUAAAAUGACAUACAUUCUGUUACUGUUUCUUUAAUUUAUUUAUAUUUUCCCUGUUUUAGUUCUUCUAUUAUUUGUAAAAGACUAGCUUUCCUUUGCGUUUGAAUAUGGAACUUUGAUCGGCUAAAGCAUCUCACGCCAGAUAACGAUAAGGCAUUCCAAAGACAAUGUACGACGAUGAAUGAAAUGAAUAUUCUUUUAUCUUUGACAAUUAGCGAGCAGACCUUUGCUUAACCUUCAUAACAUGGAUUUGUUUUAAUGGACGCCAUUUGCUGAUUGCUAAAAGCCUUUUGACAAAUACUAUUUUAGCCUAAUUUGCAACAUUCCUGAGAGAUCGCUCUUGCGAUAAAAUAUACAAGAUGCCCGGUGGCCUCUUGUUCUACGCUCCCUUUUACUUACUAUUUUCACUCCGUCAAUUUUGGACACAAAUUCCAACCAGUAUUUUUUAAAGUGGUAGAUUGUAGGAAACUACACACCAAUGACUGAUCAUGACUUUGACUCUCGCGCUUUUUAUUUCCCAUUUUUCCGAACUACUAGAAAAUACUGGUUUUUGCUUUGCUGUUCCGGAAUUUCUCUCUCUCUCUCUCUCUUUUUUUCUUUCUGGAACCCUUUAAGUCCGCGGCGAGAAGGUAUCAAGGAGAUGUUUUCUCAAGCCAAGUUAAUUUUAGGGGCCAUAUCUAUAAUCCGCUUAGCAUUUCCGGUAAUCCGAUGUCGGCCAUCGGAUCGGACGUUGGACGGCGGUUGGGUCUUAGAACAUACACCGCCUCCCUUAAACUUAAGAAAGCGAGCUCCAUCAGAGCAUAGUAAGGCUUGCAGAACGGCAGAAGAAAUAGUUGGCAAAAUAGGAUAAUUUUAGAAAAAAUAAAUAACAAAAAGCUUUUUAGACGUGCUCGCGAAAACGCAAAACAGGCGAUUGCUGGAAACCAACAAUCAGAUUAAAUUGCGAAAGAUUCUAAGCCAGAUGUUUUUCUUUUCGCCGGCUUUCGGUAAAGUUCACCGAAUUCGGCGAGCUUUAGCGAAGUUUAGGGGCCUCUCAAAAAUGUCAUAAAAAUAUGUCGGCUUCUGAAGGAAACCACUUGAUUUCUCCAGUUUAUAAUUUCCGCGCUAAAAUUUUCGAAAACUUAAAUUCGACACCGCUUUUGGAAAAUCGUUUUCUUAUCUUUGAAGCCAACAGUUCCUAUUGAUUCAGUUUCUAGACUUGUGAUCGAUAAAUUGCUCAGUCGGUCAUAUUAGCGAGGAGAAUUGGCCCAACCAGCUUCUAUAACAAACGCCUGGAAACACGAUGGAUAAAAAAUUUUCUCAGGUCAACCUGAAGGGGCACCCAACGAGGAUAUAGUUCAAAACCACUUAAACAUAGCAUUGUUAAACGUAAUUUAGUAUUUAAAGGGUAGAUAUAGGCAUAUUUUUAUUCCCUAAAUAUUUUUCAUCUGUUCGGAUUUCCUAGUGAUCCGAAACUUAUAGGGAUCAAAACUUACCUUUUCGAAAAUUUCAGCCAGAGAAAAGGCUCUCAAAAAUUCUAGCUGACCUUUUUAGGGUAAAAAUGGGCAAUUAUACCAUUCCUUAGAUGUUCCAAAAUCCUAGGAGGGGCAGGCAAGCAAGAAAUUUUAAAACAAAUGUUCCGAAAAUUCUAGAUCUCAAAUCGUCCUCCGAACAGAUAUUUUCCGAAAAUUGACGUUGGGUGCCCCUGAACCUGUCAUGUUGCAAAGCCAAGCACAUAUUUAGCACUCUCCACUGGAAGAAGGGGCGUUUUUCACCACGCACGUGUUUCAGUGGCAAGUUUGUCUUGAUCACGUGGUCGGCAAGUGGCUCAAAACUGCCAUAUUAUGGUCUAAAAAUACAAGCAUCUGCAGAUGUAAACGUUUACAGGAACUCACUAAGGCCUGUUUCAAACGUUGUGGUACUGACGUUCAAAGCUGGCUCGAAUUCAGCACGACUGUAGCACUCUGACUUGGUUGCAGACCUCGAAUUUAACUCAGUCGCAUAAAAUAGCUUUUGAUCAAAAAUAAUAAGCGGUUUAGGGAACUCUUAAAAUGUAUUCUAAUGUAUUUAUAAUAUAUGAAUUGAGCUCGGCAUGGCAGUUGCCCGACGUUUGAAAGCAAGUCGUGCUACUGCCGUGUAGAACAGCCAAGCGUGCCGUGCUAGACGGGCGUGGCACGAAUUGGUUUCAAACGUCGUGCAACCGUGGUGCCAAACUCGAAUUUAAUUCGAUCAAUUGAGUUCGGCACGACAGUAGCACGCGUUUGAAACAGGCCAAAGCACUAAUUUUGUAGAUUUCUGGGUAAAGAUUCGCCUUUCCGAUAAAGCAGACACAAGAGCUAUCUUGACAAAACCACAAGUCAGAUAGGAUUAAGAUCAGGGCGUCGAGGAUGUAAACUCAAGGGCAUGUCGGGGAGAGGAUUUGAUAGAUAAAAUGGAACUAAAGAGUACAUCUGCGACACGUAAAAUCAAUAAUCCUUUUUAACACCCACUUAUUAUAAGGGAGUCAAAGAAGAGUUCGUCGUGAAACACGAUUUCGGCUCGUACCAGCAAAAUGCAGAUUUCUCUUACCACUUACCAUUACCAAGUAGCUUUAGAAACCGUAAAAUAUAUCCAUAUUAUUUCUGUGUUGUUGUUGCAGAUGUUCCUUUUCCUCUUCCUUUAACUUUACUUAAUCUGGUUGCAGUUAAUAUAUAAUUGUUUUGGUACUGGAAUCUUCAUGUCGAAGAUAAAGUCAAUAAAGUCCUCAUUUGUUUGCUUGCCAUGUUUAGACGCAAUUAGAUGUUAUCAGUGCAUUGAAAGAAGCUGGAAUGAUUGCCAACAAAGACAAAAAGAAAACGCAUGCAAUGAUGCCACACUUCUGGGAAACUCUCACUGCUUUUCGGCAAGCGGAAAAUAUGACAAUGGCACUGCAAUUUUAGAAGUUAUGGCUAGGGGAUGCAUCGACUGCUCAGGUACGAAGAUAUAUUAAAAUUAUAUAUCUCUUUGUGAAGUGCAAUAUAUCAACGCUCUAAGAACCUAAAUUGCUUAUUUACAUAGCGUCCUUCCCUCCAUUCUGAUACCGGGGGUACUCCCUAUAACAGCCUAUCAGGGGAGGCUCGGCCCGAAAGGGUUACCUUUUUCAGGCUUCAGGUAUAUAGAAGGGUAGGGAUUUCACUAGUUGAAAUAAAACGAAAGGGUAGGAAAAUCUGUCAUUUCGGUCGUAAAAAGGACAAAGGGCUAAAGACGUAUUUUAUGGCUGUGAAAAAGUUGGAAAAACGUUAUUUAUUCAUAUUUAAAAGACGGUCCAUUUACAGCAGUUAAAGGGACGCAAAUUUAAAAACUAGGCAUGUGAAAGGCGUACCAUUUGUCAAUAGAAGGUACACGAAAAGGUUAAUAUCUUUCCUGACAAAAAUGGUAUGUAACAGGUUGACUUAUGGGUUCGGCCCCAGGCGGAGCCCUUCCAUAUAGAAAGAUAAAUACAAAAAGUGGGACAAAAUUUUAAUCCCGGAUUAGCGCUAAUCGGCCUUUCAGGAACCGGGCCCUAGACUUUUUCCUUGCGCAGAUACACUUUUUUUUGGUUGAAGAAAAGCCUUCAGUACCGGGAUUCGCGGUCACGUCCAAGUCAAAUCCGGCGGAUUUUUCUUAGUUUUGAGGUGUACUUGGCACCGGUCGCAUCUUCUAGAGGAGACUUCCGCCUUCCCUGUAAUUUAUUCACAAAUCCGAUCGCUCGUUCACAGCUUGUUUAUUUGCAAUUCAUUCAAUAAUACACCACUUGAGCAGUCUGUCUCCGUGACACAGACAGUUUGAUACCUCUUUAUUUAUUAAGAUCCAAUUAAAUAAUUAAAGGUUCAUUAAUUUUGCGGUCCACUUUUGAAAACUUCCGAUGGAACACCUUAACGUCAGAAGGUCAUUUCAGGUCAGUUUGUAGCCUGCGAAGCGCAGACGCAUUUCCGGUCGUCGCUUCUCUGCCUCCGAAAAAUAGCGUCUGCGAACCCGAGCAGCAAAACGAUUUCCAUGACGUGAACCUUUUGUUUUGAUGUUGGCCAAUCAGACCAAAGGAUAGAAUACAGCUCGCGUGCCCCCUCGCGACCUCGCGCACUAGCGUGUCUUGGAUUUUGGCGAGAGUUACCAAACACGCUUUGGAACGUGAAUUUCACGACUGUAACAAGGUUUCCUGCGACGUUGAAUGAUGACUUCUUUAUGAAGCAACGGCUUCUCAAGCUAUGUAUGUGAUAUGGGCCGUUUAAUUUCGCUUCAUAAAAUAUGGUAGUACGUGACAUAAACAAAACGUGGACAAAAUAAUCGCUACAGCGAAAGGAAAAUAAAAUAGCUUAAUGACAUCACGCUCAGACGGGCGAUUUAUUUCAAUUUAACCAGCGCUGACAAAAGGUGGUGAAUCGAUCCUACAGACACAGACACAUCCUUGACUGAUUCAGAAAUCUCUUAUAAUCGCUCGUUAAUAAUUCAAAAUCCCAAAAGUAUCGCCACAAGACAAUGAUCUGAGGGCCGAACCCAGCGUGAAAAAAAUAUAUACAACAGUAAAUUGAUCAUAGUCAUGAUGACAUUUCAGCUACGACGCUUCGACUCAUCUUAUAAAAAGCUAUGGAAGUUAAAAUUUUGAAAAGAACAUGUAUUUAAUGAAAUAUAAGAGCAAAUAUAAAAUGCUUUCGAUCUGAUCAAAGUUCUGUCUGAAACAAGAAGCAACCACGCAUGGGAAAUCAAUUACCAAAUGUCCUAGCUUUCAAGAUAAUUAAAGAUACUUAAAAAUAUCUGUAGCGGCAAGCAACAAACUAUCGAAGAGUUCUCCAAAGCAUACUUUCCUGCGAGGAACCAGAAAGGAACAGAAGCAACAAACGGCAUGAUGCGAUACUGUCGUUAGGACAUUUAUCUUUUCAAAUGUGAUCAAAACAACUAGGUGUGAUAAAUCAUUGACUCCGUAGGCAUAAAAUUUCCUGUGAUCUUUUCUUCAAUAUGAAUCCUCUUUAUGCUUACUUCAUCAAUCAGUCCUACCAUCCAGGCAAACAAACUUUCGUGAACGCGUCGUUCUGAGGAAAAAGGGCAGCUGUACAGGCUACUUUGUCCUUUCAAAAACAUAUCCAACGGCACCGCGCACGAUCUUGCGAGGAGACUCGCGAGUUAGUUCCUUGAUUUUAAGAGCUAAAUUGUGAUUGGCUAAAAAGGUUCUACGUCAUGGAAAUCGUUUUGCUGCUCGGGUUCGCAGACGCUAUUUUUCGGAGGGAGAGAAGCGACGACCGGAAAUGCGUCUGCGCUUCGCAGGCUAGUCAGUUUGCGGCCUCUCCUAUUAUAGCAGAAGUCGAUAGCAAAACAAAAUAACAGGCUUUUUGUCACAACCGUCCUAGCGAUAAAAUGGACAAUUAAUUUUUUAAUUCAACCGACGUAAAGACAAGUUUUAGCGUGACUUAACGCAUUAUUUUCAUUCGCGCACUUGUGACUAUCAAUUUUUAAAUGAAAUCUGCGCCUGACCGAACCAAGAACUGAGAGUUUCUGAACCGUUUUUGGCGACCCUUAUUCAAAUACAAUUCAGAGAAAUUACAUAAAGCGAAAACGCUUCUUCUAUUAAGUUCAAGUCAUAGAUGAUAUUGAUCAAGUGUAAUUCCUUUUUCUUUUCUUGUAGACAAGAAAAAGGCCUGUGACUCUUUAAAAUUAGUGUUAGCCUACACGGUCAACAGCAAGCCCCUGGGCUGUGACAUUGACUGCUGCAAAGGAUCCCUAUGCAACACAAGAGUACCACAGCCUACCAAUGCUUCCCGCCAGCAGGAACCAACUGUGAAGGCGGUAAAAAUGUCCGACGGAGUAACUCGUCAUUCCUUACAUGUUGGUCUUUUAAUGAUGGUUGGAUAUUUAUCUCUUGUUUUGUUAUAGUCUGAAAUACUGGUCAUGCAGAAAGACCUUUCAAAACUGAUGUAUAUGUUUAAUAACCCAAUGUUGAUGAGCGAAACUGACGAA